AUGGCUCCACAUACGGGUUCGGCUACUCCUGAACAAAUUGAUGCACUCCUCAAUUUCCUGGACGAGCAUAGGGAUCUUGCUCGCGGGAGAUUGAGGAGUCUAGAAGGAAAAGUCCAGGCGAAGAGGCUGUGGGAUGAAUUGUGCAAUACGCUCAAUUCCAUGGGCGGUUGCAUAAAGACAGUUCAGCAGUGGCAGAAGGUAUGGUUUGAUAGAAAACAUCUGGCCAAAAAAGCCGCUGCUGAUUCCCGGAGGUCGGCUUCAAUGACUGGAGGUGGUCCAUCAGUGGCACCCCAACUCUCCCAUUCGGAAUUAAAAGUCUUAUCCAUAAUGGGAGAUGGGUUCGGUGACCGCCAAAUUGGAGCCAGAGUGCCAGCUUUCACUGAAACGAAUGAAUCCAGACCAUCAACCUACAGUCAAGGAAGCCAACUGCAGCAGCAGAGCCUGGACUUGCAUGUAGAAGUUCAGGAGUACGCCGACCCAAGCAAAGAAAGCCAGCAGAUCUACUCUAAUUCAACGAAAAACGAAAUUUCGAUCGAAAUUGAUACACAAGAAGCCUCACAAUCUGCACGUCCCAGAAGAAUACGAUCUGCUGCUGGCUCCGAUGUCAGAAGUAGGUUGUACCAGUAUGAAGAUGGACGUGCAGAGAGAGAGACAGUGAGGAACACCGAGCUCGCAGGCAUCAGGGCUGCCUUGGAAGAGUUGCGUGACAUAGGGCGAGAUUAUUUAGAGUUUUUAAGGCAAAAUAGGCGUUAG